CCUGGCUCUCCUCUCACCCUUUCUCCAGUCGCCCAGAUUGCACAUCAUCUCUUUCUGGCUUUUGGCCUCUAUCUCCCAUGGUGUUCAUGAAACCUUAAUUUAGGGUUUCUUUAUUGUUCCUGUGCGCGUUCUCUAUCUCUGAAGAAUGGCUUCCGUUUCGCUAACUAACCUUGAUUUGGCGACACCUUUCCUGGGUCUAAACCUGUCUAGUCGCCUUAUCGGGGUGAAGGGAAGACCAUUUCGCGCGUUGUUUAGAAGCCCCAGAUGUGUUUUGGAUACACCAUAUGAAGGUAAUGUCACAAAGUUCUCUCGAAUUCGUGUUUGGGAUCCAUAUAAACGCCUUGGUGUAAGUACUGCUGCUUCAGAGGAAGAAAUUUGGAGUGCACGGAAUUUUCUUUUGCAGCAGUAUUCCGGUCAUGAAAGAAGUGAGGAAUCUAUAGAAGCUGCUUUUGAGGAAAUAUUGAUGGCAAGCUUCCAGCAUAGGAAAAAGACAAAGAUUAAUUUGAAAACCAGGUUGAAGAAGCAAGUCGAGGAGUCCCCACCAUGGUUUAAGAACUUGCUGAAUUUUGUAGAACUUCCUCCAACUGAUGUUAUCUUCAGAAGAUUGUUUCUUUUUGCAUUUAUGGGUGGCUGGAGCAUUAUGAACUCAGCGGAAGGUGGACCUGCUUUUCAGGUUGCAGUGUCCUUGGCGGCCUGCAUAUAUUUUCUCAAUGAGAAGACUAAAAGUGUGGCUCGGGCUUCUAUUAUUGGACUUGGUUCUCUUGUGGCUGGUUGGGUAUGCGGUUCGUUGAUUGUUCCGAGUAUUCCUUCGUUUCUAUUGCAACCGACGUGGUCGCUCGAACUACUUACAUCUCUAGUAGUAUACGUCUUCUUGUUUCUGUCCUGUACUUUUCUCAAGUAGAUCUCUCUGUUUGUGCUUCUAGCUUAUUAUCAAGUAGUAACAUGGAAAAUGGAUUUAAUGGGGGAAUUUGCAGAUAUUAUUGAUCAGAGCUAUCUGUGAUCUUCCCUUCUUUAAUUUUCAUUAUGACUUGAACUUUUAUCACCAUUCUACUCUUGCACAUCUCAAGAAAUAAGCCAUCGUUGGGUGCGUUUAGCUUCA